CCUCAACAUCUUUUGUAUCGAUUAUUUGACCAUCAACCCACCCCAUCGCCAUGGUGCUCUCACUGGCCCUCGCCUACAUAGGGGGCAUGGCCACCUUCUCCCAGGUCUUCCUAUCCUUGCCCAUGGCGCUCGACCUGCUAGGCCCGCCAUCGUUCCUCCUCCUCUCGCUCCUCUUCACGCUCCACCACUUCCUGUACAGCACACUGAGGCUACUGUGCAAGAACACGAUCCUCGCGCCGCUCAUCUUCCUCCUCUCGCUCCUCUCCCCCGUCAUCUCGGGCGCCUGCGUCCUCCUCACCCUCUACUACUACCUCUACCCCCCGCAGGCGGGCAACACGGCCGGGCACAUCCUCGUCAACGUCCUGCCAUACCUGUACGCGUCGAUCCUCCGAUGGGUCUCGCCCCUCUUCACGCUCCUCGAGGGCAUCUCGACGCUGCUGGUCAUCCAGGUCGUCGGCCGAGUCGGCAAGGGCUGGGCAGAUGACGACGAGAAGGAGGAGGGACUGGAAUGGCGCUCGCUCGUCGGCCUCGUCGUCGCAGCACUCGUCUACUCGGCUGGUCUGUGGCUCAUCAUCUGGGCCUUCCCCGCCGCCCCGUUCCCCGCCUUCCUCCUCGGCGCGGUCCUCGCCUCGACCCUCUUCCUCAGCUUCAUCGGCUUCUCGCUCCGGCGUACGAAUGUGCUCGAGACGAGUCUGGUACUCUUCUACGUGGCCUACUCGGCGUGGAUCUCAGCGGCUGAGGGCGCGAUGGAGCCUCGGCAGUACGGCUCGAGCUGGCUGAGCCACGAUUGGGCUGUGCCCAAGUCAGUUUCGGCGCCCAACGUCAACACGCUUGCGCACAUUGCCUACGGCAACCUGUUCGACUCGUUAUGGCAUGUGUCGCUUUCCCUGCCGCCACAUCUCCUGCUCUCGCUCAUCUACCGUGUUGUGGUCCUCCACUUCGCUGCCCGCAUCGUGCCCGUCAUUCGCAAGUCUACAGGGUGGGACGGCGAGUCGGACGCCGUGCCAAACUUCUGGGACGGCAGAAGUCUUGGCGAGGAGCCUGCGAACAUGCGUAUCACGACCAUUGUCCUGUCAUACCGCCGGCCCAUCCUCAUCGCGGUCUACACCCACCUGUUGCUCCUCGACGCCGGCUCCCAAACAUGGUGGCGCUGGAUCAACAUCACCCUCUUCCUUGCCGUCUGGAGCCUGGAGCUCCUCUUGGACGCCGACGACGACGCGGAGAGCAGCGUUGGACGAUGGAAGGUCGAGUAGCAUCAAAACACCCACACACGCGCACGCGCGCCCAAGUGCACCCCUGCGCAUAUACAGUACCAAUAGUGCAUGCAACAGGUUCUAAUGACAAAUGAUCUAUCUCCUAAUGCUCAUCUCGUCUCCAGCGCCUCGGUGCCGUACUCGCCGCGCCGACGUGCCCGCUUCUGCCCCUUGAGCACCGCCUGCUCGCGCUUCCGCUUCUCCCUCGCGAGCACCUUCUCCUCGUGGUCGGCACAUCCCUGGCCCACCAAUCCACCGCCCUGCGCGAGCUUGUUCGCCUCCUCGGGGUCCAUGCCGCCCAGCACUGCGUUGUGCGCGCGGCAGUGCGUGAGACACAUCGUGUUCGCGCACUUGGCAGCGGCGGUAGCCCCGCACUUCCACGCCGUGCCCUUGCACGAGUCGACGUGGUUGGCCGGGCGCUUUGUCGCCUGCUCGGUCGCCGUCGCCAGCUUGUUGGGCAUGAACUCGCCCUUGGCGAUUUCCUCCAUCCGGCCGCGGAUGUACGGCUGCGACACCCAGUAAGGAAGGGGCCUGUACCCUGUCCCCUUGUCGAUCGUGCUCGCCUUGACGGACAGCUUCGGCUCGUCGGCCGCACACAGCGCCUCGAUCUUGUCCAGGAGCGCGCGGUAGGCCGUCGUCCGUCCGUCCUCGUCCAUGCCCGUCGCCGUGAUCUGCUCGCGCACUUCGCGGUGCCGGUCGAGGGUUGGCUUGAGCAGGCGGAACAUGUGCGCCUUCACCGCCGAUCCCAAGGUCGGCGUCUCGAGCGAGUCGACAAUGUCGAGGUAUCGGCGGGCGAGGAACAGGCUAGAGGUGUACGCGUGCUCGUGGUCGGCAGGCAUGAAGACUGCCGGGUUGUGCAGGUUGCCUUCGGCGGACAUGACGCCGUCGACGCCGGUCUGCUCGAGACAUGCGUCCACGUCCUCGCGGUAGAGGAUAUUGCCGUUGGCGAAGACGGGGACCUUGACUGCCUUCUUGACCGCCGCGAUCUGCUCCCAGUCCGCGACACCAGUGAGCUGGCCCUUCAUCUCGCGCGUGCGACCGUGGCACGUGAGGAUCUGGGCGCCGGCCGCCUCGAGCAUCUGCGCGUAGCGCACCGUCUUCUCGACGUCGGGGAACACGCGGAACUUGGCGGUGACAGGUACCUUGAGGUUCUUGUGGAGCGUCGAGAUGAGCGAGUGGAUCAGCUCCCACUCGUCCUGGAGGAAGCUGCCGUAGUGCCCCUUCUUGGCAAUGCCCUGGGGGCAGCCGAGGUUGAUGUCGACGGCGUCGACGCGGUCCUGCACCUUGAGCGCAGCCUCGAGGAGGACCUCGGGGUCGUUGGCGCAGAACUGGGCGAACAACGGGCGGUCACCACCCUCGACGCCGACCAGGGUCUCGUGCGACCCCUCCUCGUCGGUCGACAGGUUGAAGAGCGUGUCGGCACCGUUCCCGCGCGAGCUGUUGAACACCAUAGAGUGGAUCAUCGGCGUGUAGGACAGGUGAGCGCCGCCCACGUAUCGCGUGUAUGUGGUGGACGAGCCCUCGGGUGUGAUCUUGGUCGACGGGCCAGCCAUGUCCUCUGGAAGUGGGGACUUGGAAAGCAGUCGCCAAGCCUUGCUCUGGUCGACCAUUGGUGCGACGACAUACUGCGGGCUUCCGAUGCUCUUGUAGAAGUCGUAGCCGCCAAGCUUCUCGUGCAGUGGCUCGACGCGCUCAAACGCGUUGACCGUCAUGGCGGCGGCAGCUGUUCUGAUGGAUCGGGUAGGGGGAAGGGUGGCGCGUGUGGCGCGGGCGAGGGCUCCGGAAAUGGAGCGAGAGAGUGACAGCGUGAGGCGACGGUGGCCUUUGAGCUAUGCCAGAGCCUAGGUGGGGCGAUGAGUCUGGGUGUGUUGGGUAAAGUAAUGGCGACAGCAACAACA